AUGAUGAACGGCACAGAGAUGCCAUCAGAGCUGGAGGAUGUACCCAGGCAGGUGAACAUCAAUGGCACCCAGACGUCACACAGCCCCCCAGUUUGGGCAGUUGUCCACACGGCCACCUUGACCUUUUGCUCCCUUCUCAUCGUCUUCAUCUUCUGCUUGGGCUCGUAUGGGAACCUCGUGGUGUUCCUGUCCUUCUUCGAUCCGGCCUUCCGCAAGUUCCGCACCAACUUUGACUUCAUGAUCCUCAACUUGUCCUUCUGUGAUUUGUUUAUUUGCUGUGUGACGGCCCCCAUGUUUGCGUUGGUGCUUUACCUGGAUGCGGGUGGCGUGGAUGGCGUGUCCAAGAGCUUUUGCUUCGCCUUCCACCUCACCAGCUCGGGCUUCAUCAUCAUGUCAUUGGAGACGGUGGCGGUCAUCGCCCUGCACCGCCUGCGCAUGGUCCUGGGCCAGCAGCCAAACCGCACCGCCUCGUUCCCCUGCACGCUGGCCCUCACCGCCCUUCUGUGGACGUCCAGCUUCACCGUGGCGGCCCUCCUUAACAUGCGGGCGUACCCACGCAGGGAUGGACCCUGCUUGCCCCACUUUGGUCUAGGAGGGGGGCGGACCAGGUUGGUGCUGUACGCGUACCUUGCUGACUUUGCUUUUUGCGUGGCUGUGGUGUCCGUGUCUUAUCUGAUGAUCGCCCAGACCCUGAGGAAGAACGCGCAAGUGAGGAAGUGUCCCAUUAUUACCGUGGCGGCCAACUGCACCCCACCCCCAGCACCUCUGGCACCCACGGGCUUUGAGGUGGUGCCGUGUAGUGCUGAGGGCCCCUUGUACCGUAAUCAGAUGUAUAACAGAUUACAGAAUGUUCAGACGCACUCUUACGCCAACAGGACCAAGCAACCGGUGGUCCCGGGGGCAGCCCAAGGAGCCACCUGUUGCCAGCUGGUCUCCACGGUCAACUUGGCCACCACCAAGGACUCCAAAGCUGUCGUCACCUGUGUCGUCAUCGUGUUCUCAGUGCUGCUUUGCUGCCUGCCAAUGGGGAUCUCCUUGGCGCAAGACGUUCUGUCGCCAGAGAGCAGCUUUGCACAUUACCAGUUUGAACUGUGCGGGUUUGUCCUCAUCUUCCUCAAGUCGGGCAUCAAUCCCUUUGUGUACUCGCGUAACAGUGCUGGCCUGCGCCGCCGUGUGCUCUGCUGUAUGCACUGGGCCGCAUUGGGACUGCUGUGCUGCCAGCACAAGACUCGCUUGCACGCCAUGGGAAAGGGCAGCCUGGAAGUCAACCGGAAUAAAUCCUCACACCACGAGACCAACUCGGCGUACAUGCUCUCACCCAAGGCUCAGAGGAGGCUGGUGGACCAGGCGUGCGGGCCGAGUCAGUCCAGAGAGUGCGCCGCGAGUCCCAGGGCCGCACGGAGGCCUCGCCCUGCCAGUACAUCCACGCCCAUCAACACACGCAUUGAGCCCUACUACAGUAUUUACAACAGCAGUCCCUCUGCUGGACCCAGCACGCCCACCAGCCUCCAGCCUGCCAGCUCGCAGACGUUCGCCUUUGCCAAGUCCUAUGUGGCCAUGCACUACCACACUCACCAGGACACUCUGCAGGACUUUGAGAGCACCUCAGUGCAACAGAUCCCCAUCCCCUCUGUCUGA